AUGUACGUCGAACAUCGAAAUCAAGUACACCAGCAAUCUACAGGCAAUUCCGUUCAUGAGUCAGUACCACCACAUAGUUUGCGACACAGCACCAAUACCACUACUACCGCUGCCACGUAUUUUCCUAUAAUGUAUCCACCUUCAUCAAUGUCUCCCUCACCAAAGCCAUCAUCAUCGUCGUCACCAAAUUCCCAAUUGCCCAAACUACAGACAUCAGGAUUUUCUAAUUAUGCCCAUGAAAAGCAACACCCGGAGUCUGCCACUACUAUAACCCCUUCAUCUACAUCACGUUUGCACCCAUCCUCAGCAACAACAACAACAGCUCAGUCGUCACCGCUGAGAUCGUCACCCAUUUUGAAUUCUGAGAAUAAAAUAUGUCAGUGGUAUUGUUGUUCGUGUGGUCAAUCAUAUGGUUCAGUUUUGUACAAGGAUGACUAUAUCAAACAAAAGGAAGUUACCGAACGUCCUGAAGUUGCAAAUGGGUACCGCACAGAGCAACCACCAACACAAUCUACACGCAAUUAUAUUUUUGACAGUUUGAAAUAUUACAGUCAGGUUGUUUACCGAGACCAUAAACACGCAUUGUCGAAUUCACCCACAUUGGUCAAGGCUGAUGAUUACUUUGAAUGUAAAAAUGGACAAACAAAUGGUGAUUAUAGUCAUAACCAUUAUUCAAAUCAGCUGCAACUGCUGCAACAACUGCAACUGCUGCAGCAACAACAACAACCUGAAACGAUAGAUACACCUGAAAGUCCCAGGUUGAACCCUCACACACCACUUGUUUCACCACUACUGUUGGAUUUGAAUUGCAGCUCAACUAGUUUGAUUGAGUAUCAAGAUAGAGCAAUCUUGAGUAUUCCUAAUAGAUUUACCUGCCACAGAUGCGACCACAUGAUGUGCCCUUAUUGUUUAAAGUUGAGAUUGAAAGAUAUAUGA